AUGUCUUCUCCACUGCAUGUCGCUCUCGUCGGCGCAACAGGCAACCUGAGCCCGGCGAUCCUCACGCAACUCCUCGCCGCGGGCUCUGGCUUCAAAGUCACCAUCCUCGCUCGUGUCGGCAGUGGCUCGAAAGUCAAAGCCGUGCCCCCCACAACCAGCGCCACCUCCACCUCCACUGCCAGCGCAAACACUGUUAGUAAAACUACUGGUACUGCUAGUGAUAGCGUCACAAUCAAGGAAGUCGACUACGCCUCGCACUCCUCUCUCGUGCAGGCCUUGUCGUCGCCGCCGGUGGACGUGGUCGUGUGCACGCUUGGCUGGUUUCCAGGAUUCUUCGAGACCCAGAAAGCGCUCAUCGACGCCUCUAUAGAAGCCGGCUGUGUCAAACGGUUCCUUCCGUCGGAAUUCGGGAACGGUGCGAAUGCCAACGUGCGGAAAUUGCCACUUCUGUUCAACGACAAGAGCAGGACGCAGGAGUAUCUCGUCGAGACAGUCGAGAAAGCCGCCGCCACAGUCCAGAAGAACAAUAACAAGACAGACCCCGGUUCAGAGGUACUAGUACCAUUCAGCUAUACCAUCAUCAACACGGGCUCGUUUCUGGACUGGCAGCUCGAGCUCGGGUUCAUGGUCAAUCUCAAGGACCACACGGCCACGCUCUACGACGGCGGAGACGUGCGUUGCUCCGCGACGCGGAUGGUGACGAUCGGAGAAGCGGUCGUCAGAGUCCUGCACAAUCUCGACGCCACGAAGGAUAGACAUGUUUUCGUCCACGACGCUGCGAUCACGCAGAACCAGCUGAUUGGGAUGGCGAAGAAGAUCGACGGCAACGACAAAGAGUGGACCACGACGAGCAUGUCGACGGCGGAUGUCGAGAGAAAUGCGUACAAGGCGUUGGAAGAGGGCGAUUUCAUGAGCGCCACGCUCGGAUUCAUUUCUCGCGCGUGCUGGGGACAAGGCUUUGGGCAAGACUUUAGCGACAAGUUGGAUAACGAUCUGCUGGGGAUCCCGGUGACGAGCGAGGAAGAGAUUGAGAGUAUGAUGAGAGAUAUCAUGGCGAAGCUUCUCUGA